AUGAGUAGUGAAACAUCAAGUAGUACAACAACUACUACUAUUAGUAGUAGUAAUGAUGGAAAUAAUAAUAAUAAUAAUAGUAAUGUUGUGAUAAAACCAUUGAAUAUCAAUAUUGGUAUCAUGGGACAUGUUGAUAGUGGUAAGACAAGUCUUGCUAAAGCAUUGAGUACUAGCUUAUCGACUGCAGCAUUGGAUAAGAGUCCUGCAAGUCAAGAAAGAGGAAUAACACUGGAUCUUGGAUUCUCUGCAUUUCACUCUGAGCUACCGGAUCGAUUGAAAUCACAUCCAGAUGUAAUUGCAAACAACUACAAUCAAAUACAGUAUACUCUUGUAGAUUGUCCAGGACAUGCAUCUCUUAUUAAAACGAUUAUAGGUGGUUCACAAAUCAUUGAUAUGAUGUUUUUGGUCAUAGAUAUUACAAAAGGAAUUCAAACACAGACUGCCGAAUGUAUAGUAAUAGGUGAAAUAACAUGUAAGAAAGCAAUUGUAGUAUUAAACAAAAUAGAUCAACUGCCUAUUGAAUCAAGACAAAAUAAGAUUGAUGUUAUGACAAACAAAUUAAAGAAAGUAUUGGAAAAGACAUGUUUUAAAGAUUCACCUUAUGUUGCCAUCUCUGCUAAUCCAUCAUCUUCUUCGGAUGCUGCUCCUGCUUCUGCUGCUGCCACCGGUGAUAAUAACAUAGGUGUAGAUAGACUGAUUAAAGAGUUGACCAACUAUGUAGAGUUACCUAGACGAGAUGAUCAAGGACCGUUCCUCUUUGAAUUCGAUCACUGUUUCCAAAUCAAAGGACAAGGCUCAGUGAUGACGGGUACAGUGCUAAGAGGUUCAGUAGAGAUUAAUCAAAACAUUCACAUUCCACAGUUGAAUAUCGAAAAGAAAGUGAAAUCAAUGCAAAUGUUUCAUAAACCCGUGAAGAAGGCAUCACAAGGUGAUCGUGUCGGUAUUUGUGUCACGCAGCUAGAUGCCAACCUCUUGGAGAGAGGUUUACUCUGUACACCUAAAACAGUUCCACUGCUAAACGGAGCAAUCGUAGCCAUUGAAAAAGUUAGAUUCUACAAGAAUGAAGUUAAAACAAAAUCACAAUUUCAUGUUACUAUUGGUCAUUCAACAGUGAUUGCAACAGCUAUAUUCUUUGGAAAUAAAAAACAACAAACAGAACAACAACAACAACAACCAGAAACAAUGAUUGAAAAUAUGACAUUGAAUCAAUUCAAUUCAAAGUUGGAAUAUAGUUAUUUAGAUAGUUUGAAUGCAACUGGACAAGAAUAUCCGGUCGGUUCGCAAUAUGCAUUGUUGACAUUUGAACAUCCUGUGUUGUGUCCUCUGAAUAGCGUUAUCAUUGGAUCAAAGUUGGAUGUGAAUCUCGAUACCUCCAGUUGUAGAAUAGCGUUCCACGGUGAAUUGGUAGAGGGUAUCGAUGUCACCAAUAAACAACUGCUCAACAAUCAUCUUCACAUCUACAAAAUCAAAGCGAAAGAGGGUCAAAUCGAGAGAAUACACAGCGAAUCAACAUUGAUCGGUAAGAAUAUAUUUGGAAAAGAUACGGAUCUAUCGAAAUUUAUUGGAAUGAAAGUUAUAUUUGAUAAUGGUGUUGUUGGAUUGUUGGAAUCUGGUUUCGGAAAGACUGGAAAAGUAAAGAUUACACUACCUGCAUCUGUAGAUAUAAAUACUAUCAAAGUUGGUGAUACUUUUAAAUUGCACAUGAAGAGAAUGAUUUUUGAUAAGGAAAAGAAGAAUAAACAGGAUUAA